AUGGCCGCGAUCGACACGACGGUCUCCGCGCAGCAGCUGGCAGACAUGCUCCCCACCGGCGUCGCGAUCGUCGACCACGACGACGGCACCGUCUUCGUGAACAGCUGCUUCCGCGCGCUGAUGACAUGCGCCGCAGCGCGCACCUUCGACGCCUGGUCAUCGGCCAUCCACCCCGACGACUACGAGCACGUCGUGCACGCCUACCACGAAGCCGUGCGCACGCGCCACCCGCUGCGCGUCGAAUACCGCACCCGCAAACCCCCCUACCCGUGGCGGCUGCUCAUCCUCACGCCGCUGGGCGACGAGGAGCGGCGGCGCUUCCACCUCGGCCCGGACGGCGGGUUCCUCUGCACGAUCUCGGACAUCACGCAGGAGAAGUCGGCGGAGCUGUCGCAGAAGCGCAUCGCGGAGGAGGCCGAGCAGCGCAAGCAGCAGCAGGAGCGGUUCAUCGACAUGAUCAGCCACGAGGUGCGCAACCCGCUGUCCGCCAUCCUGCACUGCACCGAGGACAUCCUCGAGGCCGUCAACCAGGACACGCGCGAGAAGAUCCGGCUGGCGGAGAUUGCGCAGGCGGCCGAGACGAUCAGCCUGUGCGUGGCGCACCAGAAGAAGAUCGUCGAUGAUGUCUUGACGUUCUCCAAGCUGGAUGCGGCGAUGCUGACGCUGUCGCCGCGUCGGGCGCAGCCGCGCCGCCAUCUGGCGCGGUCGCUGACUAUGUUCAAGCCGGAGCUGCGGAAGCAGAAGAUCGCGUUUGAGUAUAAACUCGACCACUCGUACGAGGACUGCUUCGUCGACUGGGUCAUGGCGGAUCUCGACCGCAUGAGCCAGGUGCUCAUCAACCUCGUGUCGAAUGCGAUCAAGUUCACGGCCAAGUCGGGGAAUGACAUGAAGAUCCGCGUGUCCAUGGGCGCAUCGAAACAACGGCCCCCGUCGUACCCGCCGAAUGUCGUAUUCUUCAACUCGGACGAGAAUGCACUGCGGCUGGACGCAACCAAAGACCCCGAAUGGGGCGACGGCGAGCCCGUCUACAUCAUGGUGGCGGUCAAGGACACGGGGAUCGGGAUCAGCGACGAAGCGCAGAAGCGGCUAUUCGAGCGCUUCAACCAGGCCACCCCGCGGACGGAGAGUAUCUACGGUGGGUCCGGGUUAGGACUCAACGUCAGCAGACGGCUGUGCCAUCUGCACGGCGGGGAGAUCGGGGUGAGCUCCAAGGAAGGCGAAGGAAGCACCUUCGGGUUUUUCUUUUCAGUCCGCCGCAGCGAGAAGCCAUCCGAUGGUGAGCUGUCGGGGCCCGAAAGCGCGGAGAUCGACAAACUCUGCAGAGACAUCCAGUCGCUGAGCAAUGAAGUAACCGAUGGCCAGAAAAAGUUCACACAGCCGUCGAUACCGGAAAACCCCGAAGUCACGCAUGUGGAAGAGGUCGCGCCGCAUUGUACGAGCGAUGGCAGAACGCAGCAUACAGCCAAGAUCGCCAGCGACGUGGAAUCCAGUUCUUCGAAUCAGACGGAGCCCGAGAGCAAGAAGGUCUUGCUCGUCGAGGAUAAUAUCAUCAAUCAGCAGAUCGUCGCACGCAAGCUGAGGGCUUUAGGUUUCAACGUGACGCCGGCCAGUAACGGCCGCGAGGCUCUGGACGAGUUCAGGAAGAAGCAAUUCGACUGCAUUCUGAUGGACCAGGUGAUGCCGGUGAUGGACGGCAACGCAGCCACACGCGCAAUUCGAGAUAUGGAGAAAGACACGUCGAAGCAUGUCCCCGUGCUUGGGGUGACGGCCAAUGUUCGAUCCGAGCAACGGACGGAAAUGUUGGACGCGGGCAUGGACGACGUCGUGCAGAAGCCAUACAGAAUGCGUGACCUUUCAGAAAAGAUAAGUCAUUUGAUUGGGGAGUCAAGUGAUGGAUCAGCGUCGCCCUCGAGACGCAACUCUUGA